CUAAUAUGUGAAGUCAACAUUCUAGGCACUCUAAGGUGCUCUGCACGCCUUCUUUGGAAUUAUAAGAAUCCCUUAACGUGUGUAAUUUGAUUUGAUUCAUAUGCUGGUUGUAGGUUGUUGCUUCAAAAACCUGAUGCGGACAAUGACGGUUUUUCUUAUUUUGAGCCACCCUCUGUGUUGAAGAAACAGCGGGAGAAAUAAUUGUCAUCAACGUGUCCGCCCGUCGCCAUGACCGAGACCACUGACGACUGGGUGCUGGAGUGCUCCGACGACGAGCGCUUCGCUGGCUGGACCGAGGUGGACGGCGAGCCGAUGCCGCCGCUGGACGAGCUGCAGCGGCUGUACGCGCGCGUGGAGAGCGGCGACCCGCCCACGCUGGCGUGGCGCUGCCUCGGCCGGCGGCCGCUCGACGCCGACGCGCCCGACGAGGACGAGGACGAGCCUGUGCAGCUGCCAGACAUGUCGGACUUCGACUUUGGCGGCGAUGACGUGGCGCAGCCGGUGGAGACGCCGCGCCGGCAGCCCGGCGCCGCGCCGCGCGGCAGCGCCAAGAAGAAGUCCACCAGCUUGGAUAAGAUUCUGAAGAACAUGAAGCGCACCCGCGAGCUGGAGGCGAAGGAAGCCAGCGAGGCGUCGGCCCGCCGACAAACAGAAGCCGGACUGAACGCGCGCCAGUCCUUCGGCGUCUGCUGCUAA